AUGCGAGCCAGCAGUCUUCCAACUAUGAUCCUCGCCCUGUGUAUCGCGCCCUACGUCGGAGACUUGUUCAACAAGCAGGUUGCCUUUAUUGACAUGGCCAGCAUCGACCAAACCGAUCCGGUGCAGAAGGAGCAAGGCAUCUCCAGCAUUGCAGGUUUCCUCAAGAAGUCCGACGAGCUGCAGGUUAUGUGGUCGGUCGACUAUCUUUCUCGUCUGUGGUGCGUGUUCGAGCUGGCUGCUUACCGCACAGCAAAUCCGUCAGGAAAAAUCACCUUGAUGCCUUUGUUCGUGGAGAAGACCUUCGCAGUUCUGAUUGUAGCCGUCUAUGGCUUUACUUCCGUGUGGGUACUGGCGGAGGCCAAGUUUAUACCUCUUGGCUCAGAGGUGUGGAUAUUCGGUGUUGCCUUCGUCCCAGUUGGCCUUUCUGUGCAUGCUCUCCGAAAGAGCUUCUUGUCGAAGCACCAGCUGCUGACAGCGCUGGCGAACUUCGAGCUUGAGAAUUCCACCUGCAGUUCUGAAUUCGACAGGCGUUUUAUCCUCCGCUGCAUCCGCCGAUGGUACGGCGGGCCAGAGCAAUUCGAAAGCUUUGUUCGCAAGGAGCUGCGGGAGGAGCUUCUCACACAAAUCAGACAAACCAGCUUCCGAUCCGGGUAUUACCUCGUUACCGUGGUGCCAUCUGUUUGCGCCGGCUUAGACAGCCUUGUGUGCCUCUGGAGAGGACAAGCUCCGACUGCAGCUCUGGUGACACACUUCGUCUGCUUGGUGCUGGCCUUCGACAUCUGUUGGAUAGUGAUCACCUUCAAGCUUGUGCUGCUGCUCUCAGAUGGCUCGGCGCAGCUCUGCUUGGGCCGCUUCCGCUUCUUGGAUUAUGCCAUCUCCUUGAUGAUCUUCGUGGCAAGCGGCAUGAUUUUUAUGAUCGGCCUCGUCGGGUCACGCCUGGCGCGGAAUACCUUGAGCGUUUCCACGGCUCUCGGUUGGCUGGCGCUUUCGUGCAUCCUCAUGGCUCUCACUUCUGAUUGCGUGUGGCGUCAGGUCCUUUUAGCCCUCCGAAGUGCUCGCUCUGGCCGAGAAACGCUCAGACGUUCAGCUACGGAGGCACAGCCGGUGCCUGUGGCCUCGGGCGUCCCGGUCACCAAGUCGGCCGCCUACCCACCGAGGCCAGUAGCUGCACCGCAGGUCUAUUACCGUCCCGGCACCGUCGCCGCCCCGGCCACCGUUACCUAUGCCGCACCUGCUGGGACGCUGGGGCAGCCAGCGGCGGUCCGUUCCGUGGUGACAAUGGCGCCCACGCCGGUGGCCACCUCCGUCACUUCGGCACCGCUCUCCGUCUCUACGCGCACGCUUGGCCAAGUUGGUGUGCCCCAGGUUGCCACGGCUCUUCCUCCAGGGGCACGGAUUAUCCGCACCUCCCAGCCGACAGUGGUGCCGGGCGCACAGGUCGUGCCGGCGUCUGCGACAAGGCCCAACACGGUGGGCGGGCCGGCCUACUCUCAAAGUGCGUAU